GAUAUGUCCGGCGUCGAAGAGAUUGAUUCCGACGAAGAAACCCUGGCAUGCGAUGCAGAAGUGGGGGCCAUAAUGGCGAGAGAAGGAGAACAUUCAGGUCCCGAGGUGAAGCGAGACGUGACCAAUCCUCUGGCCGAGGACCCCAUGUUCCUGGCGCUCGACGACGUAGAAGAGGAACAUCUGAUGAAUAACAAUGCGAGCUCGCCCACGGCUUCUUGGUACGAAGACUUUAUCGAAGGGGCCGAGCUUCGAAUGAUGAUGGUCGAAACCGAAGCCAGCGCAGGUCCAAGUACAAGAGCAGAAGCGACCGCGGAAACGCCGUCGCCUCAUUUAGAAGACACUUAUCUUCAGAGGCAAAUCGAGGCUGAAUUUGUCGUCCGAUUGUUCAUUCUGACGCAAUUGAUCUCAUUUUUAAUAGUAUAUAGGCCUAAUAGAAAGUGAUUAUUGUCUCUUGUAAAACUUUCAAUUUUUAAUUAUUUUUACUUCUUUUACUUCUUUUAAAAUGAAACUUUUUAAAUAUAAUUGUUUUUAUGUCUAAAGUGACUGGGUGUGGAGAUAGAUACAAUUGUCUUCCGAAAGUGAAUUUGAGGUUUCAAACAAUAUUUUAAUUGCAUGGUGUUUUGAAAUGAUUGUGCUUGUUUUAUGAAAAUCAACUUGUAAACCAAGGGGUAUUUUUUCUUCUAAUAUCUGUACUUUUAGUAAGUUUAAAUAAAUAAAUUUAAAAAUU